CUUCCUGGCCAUGGGCGUGCAUGGCUCCGCUGGCUACUUGCGCAGCCAGCGCUGUCAGUAUCAGUCAUGUCCUUCAAAGCCAAGGUGCCAUGCGUGUGAAAAGAACCCGUCGCCAACAUUGCCCUUGAAAAGAUCCAAAAGCACGUCUUCUGUGAUCUUUGGCCAUAUGCGCUGUGGACCCACAGAGCUCACACUAGCAUCUAGCCUUGUGAUUCAACGCAUUCUUGGAGGACCUCCAUUUCGAUGAGAAAGAUGGUAGAGCCAGAACUGAAGAUCAUAGAUAUGGAGCUAGAUCCAGACUCAAGCCUGGAUCCAAAUAGGCCAACCUGAGCUAUGUGGUAAAGACUCCUCGCUGGUUUCCCUUACCAAUGUCAGCAAGGAGGGCACAAGAUGCUUUUGCUGCAUUGAUAUCCUGACCCCAGCAUACUUUUGUCGCGAAGUGUGUGAAGCGGCCUACUCAAAGUCCCUACGUGUGGCACUGAUUGAAACUAACACGGUUGCUGGAAGCACCAUGAGUGCUCAGCUGGCUUAUCAGGCUUCCUCGGUCUUCUUUGCCUUCACAAAACAAGUCGAACCGCGGCGUUUGUUAGGCUCUUUGCAUCCAUACAACGGGCAUCGAGACGGUGCCUCUUUUCGGAUUGCUACUAUCCACCCAGAAGAAGCUGAUGGAGAUUGAUGGAACAUGAUGGAGGCCCAAAACGCUCAAUGAAAGAGUUGCAGAUGAGUUGUUGGUUUUGAGAAAUGAUUAUUUGUAAUGCACUGUCCACGGCAAUAUUGCUAAUUCUGGGAGGUUACCUGAGGAUUUACAAGACUGUUUCAGACGACUUGCUUGGUCAUAGAGGUGGACAAAUGUGCAUGGAUUCACCAGCAGCAUUACGUUGACACUCCCCGUGGUGCCCUGCGGGCCUACGAGUGCAAGAAGCAUUUAUGCCAUCUCUAUCCCAUGGGUCCUGUAGCAAUCAGCUCCCCACAUCCUCUCCAAGCCAAGUGUGAGCAAGUAGUACACACGCCUCCUCGCUCAGUGUUAUCCUAUCGGUUGAAGAGGCAGGAUGUUUGCAAACAACCAAGGCACAAAUCGUGUGGCCUUUUCCAUCGCCGUUGGAUGCACACAAUGUGGACUUCUUUAGUUUCAUAGUCCUUGGUGCGUGCUGCAGUUCUAGUCAAAGCUAGCAUACCUUGCUUCCUUGCGUUCCCUGUAUGCUUGCUUUAGCUGCUUAACUUCAGCGUGUUCAGCAAGUUCACGUCAGUGAGGCCUUGUCCAUGGCCAUCCAUGGCUUUGUGCAGUUGUGCAGGUAUGUCCCGAGAAGAGUGGUGAGUGCGGGCUGCCUAGCUCCAAUAAUAAGCUCAAAGACAGGUCGAUUUAGCAACUAAUAUUGCAGUAGGGCCAGUUUAAAACGUCAUGUGAUUGAAGUCAAUCCCAACAACCCUUUUCCGGACUUGUGGUGCAGCGUCUAAUCCUUUCAAGCUUGAAGGCUCCGACCAUGACUCCGGCUGGACCUAUUUUACUGUAACUGUAACUGUAGAUUUCACUGCAUCAAAAGCUAUACAAACCGACAGUGGCAAUAAACAUCAAUAAAAACAAGUAGGGCCCAUGACUGGCCACACUGAUCUCACAGUGAAGUUCAAAAGACUUGUGCAUGACAUGUUUGCCGACGCUACACUUCGACUACACACGUUGAGAGUUGGAGGCCACGCUAAGACUGAACCAGCGCGAUGACCACAUUCAAACAAAAGCCAUCACAUCGGUUACAUCAACCUUGGAUAUGUGCAUCAUCUAACCCUGUUUGGUGUAGUUUGUCUGUUCAGUUGCUGGAAGGUGUUGGAUCCCAGUAAAUUGCGGAAACACAAUAUUGCGCAACUAUCGGCGGCAUGCAAUUUGCACUUUGCAACGGGCAACCACGCUCACUGCCUAACCUCAAGAACCAAAUCCCUAGCCGGCGUGGCACCACUUCCCCACAGCUCCAUCCUUAGCUACUCCCUAUGCACGACACCGUUGCCUUGCAGUCUGAUUUUUGGUAUCACCCUGAGGAGCAUGAAGCCCAAGCCAUUGUAGGGCGGCUUACGAUUGGCAAAGGAUGCAGAAGCAAUAGUGAAGCAUUCUAAGACCACCUUAGCUUACCAGGCUGCGGUAAUGGCGCGACCAGUUCCCUCUAAGAACAGCGUCCGGGCCGUGCUGUGCUUUCGUUAGUCAGAUCAUCCUCCAGGCAGCGCACCUUGCUACCUACAUCCAGCUGUGUAUUUGCACAAGUGUCUUAAAGAGCAAACUGGCCAGCGACCUGGCUGAGGGUUCGUGGAGGCCAAUCCUACAAGACCUCGGCCCCAAAGCUGUGUGCACAUGACGAGAUGUGAGGCGUCGUUUGCCACCACAAAUGAGGUGCCUAAGGGGAGGCUGCAUCUCAGAGUAAGAUGCCACGGCCAUCCAGGGUUCAAAAUACAUGCACAGAAGUGCUUCGAGUGCAGAGUUUUGCUGAAACUGAAAUAGAGAGGGUUUUGGCGAUUGCAGGUGCAGAGUGAUGGAGACCUUCAGCCUUUACAGGUUCUGCCGGAGUGUAGCUGAUCGCAGAAAGGCACACGUCAGAGCCAAGAUCGCUCGACAGAUCGGCCAGAAUGCACAUGCAUGCGGCUCAAAGCACUGCACAACAAAAGUGUCCUUGUUCUUCUGCAUUCAUCAACCCUUGUUCAUCAGGCCAUCGCGCACAAUACAGGCAUGUAUGUGCAUGUGAUUGACAAGGGCAGAACUCCAACACUCGGACAACCUGUGCCCCAGUUUGGUUCACUCUUACGCUUGAUCGUCAUGGGUCCGGCUCUAGGACCGAGCUUUAACUUUUUGCGAGACUGAGAUGCUUGCAAGCAGGCAUUCUUUCUCGUAUGUUCUCAACACCAUGUCAAGCCACACCAAAUGCUAUAGUCUACAAUGCCUAUGGAAUUCAAGAGCGGUCUUUCCCCAGUUCAGUUCUAAAAGAACAUAGACUUCUUGGUAGCGCUUGGCCAUGCCCAUCGGAAGUGCAUGUUUCCAUGCAGCCCUCUCCAGUGCAAGUGCAUCAGCAUGUAUCAGCCAUUUCUCGAUCCAGCUUGGCUCAGGCUACAUCAUUAGCUAUUGAAGCAAUCUGUUGAACCUUCUGAUGUUGACACAGUCCUUGCCUUGCACUGCAUUCCAUCUAUUUUGAGGGCUGGCUGCAAGUUCAGCAAGCCAUAGCUGGACCCGUGCCCAGAAGCAGGUUGGGGAAGCGAAGAAACACCCCAACCGAAACCAGGGAAAGAGCAACCCUUUGAACCGUCCCAGCCCGCGAGCAGCUUCUGACAUGGCUUGCCAAGGCUUUGUCACAAUGUUGUUUGGAGCUGCGAGCAGCGGAGAGCGGCUACAAGCGAACUUGUGUUACCGCAGGCUCAGCCAGGAACUCCAUGUAUCGUACAACUUAUGAAAGUGCGCCGGGUAUUUGCAAAGUUGCUGCAGUUGCUGUAGGGCUCCGACCCACACUUGCGAAAGACUGCACAUGAGCUGUUCGCCUUUUCAUGCUCGGAUCCAAGCGACCUGAGCAAGGUAGCGUUGACAUCGCAAAGUUCAGCCGUGGACCAUGGUUUCAUAUGGUCAAUUGUGGUAAUGUUCCUAGGGUUUUUGCCAUGCAUGUCCAGCUGAAGGCUGUAGCGGCAGGCACAGUCGGGCACAUGAUCAGGUCGCUCCCAAAACCGACUAGCGGUGGAGUGUGUCAGUGUCAUGUAGCAAAAUGUUCUGUAGUUAACCAGCUCAGCUCCAAGAGAGAAACCUAAGUGGGCGUGUAGGCAGCCUGACAACAAAAUUGCGCUGUGCUGUUUGCAGCCACAGAAGAACAUCCCAGCGGCAAUCAAUCUAUUCUCCCAAAACGUUGCUCGCACUCAGCAUGGGCUAGGCAAGCGCCUUCCGCCCUAGUCUCGCUCGUCCUGUCAGGGCAUUGCAUGUUUAAAGUGUAAGCCGCUGACUGAUAUCGGCAUAGCAUGCCCCUCAAGUUCCUGGCAGAAGUUUUGCCCGGUGAAGCUUUCAGGACUGUCCUUCUUCCCACAUGAAGCGAGUCGCGCUUAAUUUGAUGCACUGAGCUCAGAGCAUCUUGCAGAGCUUCUCUCGAGCCCAUUCCACCACUGCCACGGCCUCACAUGUCGCAAACGCACCUGCCUGAGGGGACUCAGGAUACAGUGCAGAACCCCCGCCUUGCUCACAUUAGGUAUUGGAACUUUGGCCAUACUUCCUCGGCCACGUGCUUCGCUCGGCUCCUCUGCUGUGUGCAUCAAAUUCCCAAAGCAAGCAACAGAUCGAUUGAUCAAUACACUGGAAAUGUGACACAAACCUUGUCAUGGAUCUAUCCAAAUAAUAGUGGAAAGAAACUUGCAUUAACUUGAGACUGUGCCGGAUUCUUCACAGAGCAGCAUUGAAGCAUAGAUUGUGAGUUCCUCUGAUGAACGAAGGUUGUGAGCACAGAGUUUGUUCAGCCUCAGGACUUUCCCAACACUACUCCGCCAUAGUGGUCCAAGCAGAUCCAGUUUCAUUUUGAAUAGCAACUGUUCCAGCUGUAUAUGUAGGCUAUUUGCCCAGCAUACUGUCGACAGCACUCACGUGGCGGCACAGCCAUGAACUUUCGCCACGCUUGGCUGAGUGCGCUUUGGUUCGGAUCCUCGCUUGACUUGUAAAGAUACGCCAAGUGCUCGCAAACUUGCUUGUGCUGUCACCUGCGGCAUGUCUCCACAGACAGCUGCUUGGCGUGUCCAAUGCAGCGAAAUGACUCGGCCACCAAAACCCGCUUGCUAAGAUGCUCCAUUCUUUUGACUGCAAACUGUUUCAGACACGUCCAUUGGGCUAUUAAACAGGAUGAGGUUGAUGAGGUCCACUGGACACUACGUUGAAUUUCUUGGCAAUUGCGCAUGUGCCUUGCUUGAGCACCCAAGCAUGCGCUUGGCCUGGCCACUGAUGUUAACUAAUGCGAAUAGCUUCCGUGAGGGCCUCACUUCACUUGUCUCUUUAGCAAAUUCGGCAAGAGGAUCUCCAAGGGUUCCCUGCAUUGGUUUUCACAGGUGCACUUGGCAAAACAACUACUUAGCUUGCUUUCGCCCGAGUGUGUGAAGAAUGAAAGCAAGAGACAUGUCAGAAAUCGGACUUUCCUUAAUGUAGGCCACCUGUGCCAUUGUAAAUAGUAAGUGCGAGGUCCAAUUGCUCAGGAUAUCCUAGGAGUUAGUUCAACAAACUUAAAUACAUCGGACCUUGCACGGCCCGUGACUGCCGUUGUAGCCUUUGAAGGAGGCGCUCGCCUCCAUAAAUCAUACCUUGCAGAUAUUUCUAGGUUCUUUUCCAUGCCGGUUUGCACGGGUGCUCCAGUAGAAGAAGCGCUACGGACAUGCGGAAGCAUUUGCAUGGAUAGAUUGCUAUGGCAAGCUGUUGACAAAUUGGCCGCAUCAAACUUUGCCAAGAAUAUGGAUAUGAUUUUGAUGGGACAAAGUUUCGGCGUCACCGUCGCUCGGUGUUUGUCUCUUCGUAUGGAUGCCAUUGGAUUUCCUGCUCGCGGCUUGAUAGCUUUGGAUUGUCGCUGUGCAGAGCGUGCUGCUAGGGACAUUUAUGUUGUACCUUUAGCCCUGCGGCAAAGCAUGACGUCAUCUUCCUGGAGAUGUUUGAUUGAAGAGUUCCACUUCGUCUCUCCCCGAGUUCCUCGCAUCAACAUCACCGCCCGCCAUUUCGAUCUCCGUGCUAGGCUCGACGCAGAAAUGUCCGUAGUGUCAGCUAAAGCCUUUGCUUUGAAUGUCAUGGACAGCGAUCAUUUCGAUUUGCCUGUGUCUCACUGCUGGGAUCUCUCGAGACUAGUCAGCCAGAUUCGGAAAGGACGGAGGCGAACCCGGCGCAAAGGACCGGUAAUUAUCAGAACGAAUAGGAGCACACAUAUUGAACUUUGUGAUAAAUAGAAAGCUAAUAAAAGCCGGAAAGCACGGAGCUGCCCAGAGAUCAUAGUGUCAAAUGUGAGUAAAAAGUUCUUCUCUAAUCUUCUCUAGCUGUGUAUGUAGGCUAUUUGCCCAGCAUACCAUCGACAGCACUCAAGUGGCGGCACAGCCAUAAACUUUCGCCACGCUUGGCUGAGUGCGCUUUGGUUCGGAUCCUCGCUUGACUUGUAAAGAUACGCCAAGUGCUCGCAAACUUGCUUGUGCUGUCACCUGCGGCAUGUCUCUACAGACAGCUGCUUGGCGUGUCCAAUGCAGCGAAAUGACUUGGCCACCAAAGCCCGCUUGCUAAGAUGCUCCAUUCUUUUGACUGCAAACUGUUUCAGACACGUCCAUUGGGCUAUUAAACAGGAUGAGGUUGAUGAGGUCCACUGGACACUACGUUGAAUUUCUUGGCAAUUGCGCAUGUGCCUUGCUUGAGCACCCAAGCAUGCGCUUGGCCUGGCCACUGAUGUUAACUAAUGCGAAUAGCUUCCGUGAGGGCCCCACUUCACUUGUCUCUUUAUCAAAUUCGGUAAGAGGAUCUCCAAGGGUUCCCUGCAUUGGUUUUCACAGGUGCACUUGGCAAAACAACUACUUAGCUUGCUUUCGCCCGAGUGUGUGAAGAAUGAAAGCAAGAGACAUAUCAGAAAUCGGACUUUCCUUAAUGUAGGCCGCCUGUGCCAUUGUAAACAGUAAGUGCGAGGUCCAAUUGCUCAGGAUAUCCUAGGAGUGAGUUCAACAAACUUAAAUACAUCGGACCUUGCACGGCCCGUGACUGCCGUUGUAGCCUCUGAAGGAGGCGCUCGCCUCCAUAGAUCAUACCUUGCAGAUAUUUCUAGGUUCUUUUCCAUGCCGGUUUGCACGGGUGCUCCAGUAGAAGAAGCGCUACGGACAUGCGGAAGCAUUUGCAUGGAUAGAUUGCUAUGGCAAGCUGUUGACAAAUUGGCCGCAUCAAACUUUGCCAAGAAUAUGGAUAUGAUUUUGAUGGGGCGAAGUUUCGGCGUCACCGUCGCUCGGUUUUUGUCUCUUCGUAUGGAUGCCAUUGGAUUUCCUGCUCGCGGCUUGACAGCUUUGGAGUGUCGCUAGGGACAUGUUGUGCCUUUAGCCCUGCGGCAAAGUAUGACGUCAUCUUCCUGGAGAUGUUUGUUACUGUUGCUUGUCAGUUGGUUUAGGUGAGCAGCGAGCUUGUUGCUCCCAGUUGCCACAAGAGAACACACGACCUCCAAUUUGUUUGUAGUACAGGCAGUUUGCAUCAGUUUUCUACGGAACCUGUUUUUAACUGCUUUAGUUUGAUCCUGCUGCAGCUGUGAGGUGUUAUUGUUCCCCGUAACAUCUCGUAAUUCCAAACAAACAUAAACAAACUAGACAAGUUGCAUAGAAGACUUCAAGGAACAUGUUGUUACUUGUAGUAUUUAAGGCGUCAGCACACAGACUGUUUCCAUCCUUUUCCCUUCAACUCUUGUCCUCAGCCAGCAGUGUGAGUUGUUGUUCAGGUGAGAUCGUUUAUUUUGUUGUGUUUCCUGGCUUUACUUUGAUUCAUGUGCAUUGGCAGACGUGAAAACAUACUAAGGAUUGAAGAGCUCCACUUCCUCUCUCCCCGAGUUCCUCGCAUGAACAACCUAGCCGCCAUUUUAUAGGAGAGAGGUGAACCUUGCAAAUUUUGGACCUUGUGAAAUGCACUCAAGACCAGCGAGGUAAGAGGCCGUAUCAUUGGAACAACAUCAGCAUCCUACAGCAAGGGUCAUUGGACAUCUCACCAUGUGCGCAAUGCUUGACUCUUUGGAUUGUGC